AGAGAGAGAGAGAGAGAGAGAGAGAGAGGACAAAAAGCUGCAGAGUGUUACAUAAAAGUGCCACAGACAAGGAUAGGAAGAGUGCGUGUGUUUUAUUUUAUCUUUGAAAUUUAUAGCUUUCUAUAAAACUCUGAAGUGAUGGACCAAGUAAAAGUGCAACUGUUCCUGCUGAUCGUUCUGGCAUUAGGCAUAACAAACCCAAUGGCUGAAGGAUGUAGCUGUAUACAUGCACAUUUUCAAGAACUUUUCUGCCAUUCUGAAAUAGUGAUCCGUGCUAAGAUAAUCGGAGAGAAGAUUAUAUCUCCGAGCUUACAUGGAGAAAAGGUGAUUGAGUACAAAAUUAAGCUGAUCAAGAUGUUCAAGGGCUUUGACAAAGUUGAUACUAUUCAGUACAUCUACACUUCAAUCCAUGAAUCUCUGUGUGGUAUUAAGCUGGAUGCCAAAAACAGGGGUCAAUAUUUGCUUUCAGGAUAUUUGUGGCAUGAUGGAAAAGUUCUAGUCGAACUAUGUGGCAUUGAAGAGCGUUGGGAAAACCUCUCCUUGGCUCAGAAAAAGAACCUCAAGUACCGAUACCAAAAAGGAUGCGAGUGCAAAAUUUCCACCUGUUCCAAACGCCACUGCCGUGCCAAUGCAAAUGAAUGUGCAUGGUUACCGUAUAACAGCCAACAUCUCCAGAGUGUGUGCAUCAAACGGACCAAUGGCACAUGCAACUGGUACAUAGACAAGUCUGACUCACAUACACAGCUCAAUGUCAGGCAAAAUGGUAUGAGAGAGACUUCUGGCAUCCUAGAGGUCAGAGAACCCAAACCCACAGAAACACUGCAAUGAGUGUUGACUUUUUAAUGGCUGUAGAUAAACUACAACCAUUAAUCCCCAUCAAUCUUCCGGACCUUAACCAUUCAUAACGUUUCGUACAUGGCUAAGGUGGAUUCUUUAAAAUAAAUUUGCCCACUGUCUUUGUAUUCAAGUAAAAUAUAAUAAUUAAUGCAACUGAAGUUUCAUAAAUGACCCUUUGAAUCUCUAAGCAGAUAAAAGGAGAACUUACCCAUGAGGCAUUGCAAUCUAAACAGUUUCCUUAACUGUUUACACAUACAUACAUAUACUGUCUCUUACCGGUCUAUAAAAUGAAAAGUUACACUGUUUGAUUUGAAACGUUUUGCUAAUUAUUUACACUAAUAAUCAUUUCUACGUACAUACAGCAGAGUAUAGAAUUAUUCCACCCUUCUACAGAAAGGGCAAAAAAUUACUCAUCCGAAUAAUCAUUACGGACAAUUAUUUGAAUUUUCCACAGAAACUACUCACUUUAUAAAGUACUUACUGAUAUAAUUUCAGCUAUUACGUAAAGUAGGGACUACGUCAACAUAUUUAUAAAGGCUUCUGUUAUGUCUUUAUGCUGUGGGAAUGUGUUUGAAUGCUUAUACAAUUUAAGUGUGUGGAAUUCCAGUCUUACUUCUAAUUCAUUGGGAAGAUGUUUAAUCAAAUCUUCAGAUUGUCUGAUUUUACUGAAACUGAAACACUUAAUAUACAUAACAACAACAAUAUAAAUAUGUUUUUCAAACUUAAAAAAACAAACAAACAAAAAAACAACCCCCCCCCCCCCCCCCCCCCAAAAAAAAAAAAAAAAAAAGUUUCCCUAGCGCUGGUAGCUCAUUGCAAGGACUAUUACGUCUGUACACCUCUCUAGAUGUCUAUUGAACAGUAUGUAUUUUACCUGUGUUACUACAGUACUGAUGUACCUACAUGUUUUUUGUUUUUUAUUUCUCUUACUGUAGAAAAAAGAAAUAUAUUCUAUUUAACUGUGCCAAGAAUCUUCAGUAUAUCAUUAAAAAUCAGCCUGAUCUGUGUCUGAUUUUUAAAGCA